GCUUCCGGGACGGAUCGGGUAGUGGCAGUGCUGUUAACCAAAACAUAAGCAGUUAUAUUUGUAUAACAGCGUUAAAUAUACAUGCAAUGUAACUCAUUUUAACUAAGAUUUUAAGCUAAAUAUAAGUCAAGCAGAAAGAACAUCUCGCUGUGUGAGUUCGGAUGUUUUUAACCAGCAGCUGCGAUGAAGAUCUCAGACAGCCUCCUGAGGAGUUUUAAAGUCGCCAGAAUCCACCGAUAUCAUUCAGAAAAAGUAAAUUGUGUCCACUACAGCGCCAAUGGUGAACACGCCGUUUCAAGUGGCAACGACGACUGUAUUGUUUUAUAUGACAUCCAGGAGGGAAAACCGUCCAGGACUCUGUACAGCAAGAAGUAUGGAGUAGAUCUGAUCCGCUUCACACACGGGGAGGCCAAGAAUGUGGUCUUCAGCUCCAACAAACUGGAUGAUACAAUUAGAUAUCUGUCGCUUACUGACAACAAGUUUAUCCGAUAUUUCCCCGGUCACUCUGCAAGGGUAACUGCACUAUCCAUGUCUCCUGUGGAUGAGACAUUCAUCUCCAGCUCUUUGGAUAAGACUAUCCGCAUCUGGGAUCUGCGUUCCCCCGAUUGCCAAGGUUUGACUGACCCUCUGGGGAAACCUGUGUGCUCCUUUGACCCAGAUGGAUUGGUAUUUGCAGCAGGAGUGGAAUCCCAGGCUAUCAAACUGUACGACAUCCGUGCUUUUGACAAGGGUCCCUUUGCAUGUUUUGAGACCAGAUUAAAUCGGAGCUGCGACUGGACUGGACUGAAAUUCAGUAACGAUGGAAAGCUUAUUCUUAUUUGCACCAAUGGAGGUGCUGUCCGCAUCCUGAACGCCUUUAGUGGAUCAGUGCUGCACACUUUUUCAGGUUAUAACAACAGUAAAGGCGUCUCCCUGGAGGCCUCCUUCACACCAGACUCAAAGUUUGUCAUGAUUGGUUCAGAGGACGGACGAGUUCAUGUUUGGAGUACUGAAAGUGGGAUGAAGGUGGCCGUGCUGGAUGGCAAACACCCAGGACCUAUCAACGGUCUACAGUUUAACCCCAGAUACAUGACAUUUGCCAGCGCAUGCACAAACAUGUCUUUCUGGCUGCCGUGUAUUGAUGACUUAUAGUAGAGGGGCUGAGAAACCUUCCCACCCAGCAGUGAGGAGGGAAAUCUCAGCAUGUUGGACUUUAUGUUUUAGGACACUUUGCCCAAGAAAUAUAGAAGUAUUCUUAAAAGCUUUUUACAUGUUUUACAACAGUAUUCUGAGGCUUUUAAAAAGCCUGUCGUCUCCUUUUAAAAUUGUCCUCCUAACAUUGUUCGUGUGUGGUUAUUUUAAGAAUUUUAUACUAUGUCUUUGUAAAUUCUUCUUUUUAAAAAAACUGUUGCUGUUCACAUUUUUGAUAUUAAA